AUGAUAAAGAAGGAUUGGGUGGAGUUACCUCCACACAGUCACAGUUAUAAGGACGGUGUAAAUUACUUUUUGGAUAUUGCAUUCACCAAAGGAAUGGUUGAAGAAGAAGAGAUUUUGUGUCCUUGUUCUAGAUGUUGCAAUGAUAGUUGGGAAGUAAGAGAUGUAGUGUAUGACCAUUUAUGUAGUAAAGGAUUUGUAAAGGGAUACACUGAAUGGAUUUAUCAUGGUGAAGAUGAGAGCCUUAUAGAUCUUGAUGGUGAUAGUGAUGAUGAAACAUCAUAUCAUGAUGAUAUCGAUGGCUUACUAUUUGAGACAUUUAAAGAUGUGGCUGAAGGAGGUGGAGUACAUGAAGGGAUAAAUGAAGAUGCAAAGAAAUUUUAUAAACUAGUUGAUGAUGCAAAUCAAGAGUUGUAUCCUGGUUGUGAAAAGUUUUCCUCGUUAUCAUUCACUAUUCGAAUUUAUUUGUUGAAAUGUAUCCAUGGAUGGAGUAAUGCAUCAUUCACUGCUCUCGUAGAGUUGUUGAAAGAGGCUAUGCCAGAUUUGAACAUCCCUGUCUCUUUCAAUAAAACAAAAUCUAUGAUAAAAGAUUUGGGCUUAGACUAUAAAAAGAUUGACGCAUGUUCGAACAACUGCAUGUUGUUUUGGAAAGAUCAUGGGAAAGAUGAUUCAUGUCAUAUUUGUGGCACGUCAAGGUGGAUUGAAUAUCCUGAAGUUGCUAAUGAUCUUGAAGAAUCUAUAAAAGCUCAUAAGGUUCCCGCCAAAGUUUUAAGACAUUUUCCAUUGAUUCCAAGAUUGAAAAGACUUUUUAUGUGUUCAAAGACAACCGAUACAUUGAGGUGGCACGCAGACCAUCGUUCAAGGGAUGGGAAGUUAAGGCAUCCAGCUGAUGCCCAAGCAUGGAGAGGCUUUGAUGCCAAGCAUUCAGAUUUUGCUCGUGAAACUCGUAACAUCAGACUUGGGUUGGCAAGUGAUGGGUUUAAUCAUUUUAGGACCAUGAGUCUUUCACAUAGCACAUGGCUUGUUGUAUUAACAAUAUAUAACUAUCCGCCAAAUUUGUGCAUGAAGGCUGAAAAUUGUUUGAUGUCGUUACUUAUUCCUGGACCAAAGUCACCCGGAAAUGAAAUUGAUGUGUAUUUGCAGCCACUAAUUGAGGAGCUUAAGAUAUUGUGGGAAGUCGGUGUAGAAACAUAUGAUAUUUCAAAAAAUCAAUCAUUUCAAAUGUGUGCAGCUCUUAUGUGGACUGUGAAUGACUUCCCUGCAUAUGCUAUGUUAUCCGGUUGGAGUACUAAAGGGAAGUUUGCUUGUCCUGCUUGUAAUCAUAAAACUUCUUCAAGAUACUUAAAACAUAGUCGAAAGAUGUGUUAUAUGGGUCAUCGAGUCUUUUUGGAUUCAAAUCAUAGUUGGAGAUCAAAUUCAAGUUCUUUUGAUGGAAAGCCAAAAUAUAGUGCUGUAGACACAAGGAUGAAUAGAAUGACACGAAAUAGCGAUGAUACUCCAAACAUAGGUCAUCCAAUCGGGGGAAAGAAACUAAUUUCACUUGAUCAUAAGUCUCUAAACCAAGCUCACGACUACAUUUUAUUCAAUUGCGAUGAAGUGCAAGAGUAUAUUAGAGAGCAUGAGGUUAAUGAUCAUAAUCCUCUAAAAAAAAGGAAGUCCAGAAAAGCUAACAAUCAAAGAGAAGAUUUUAUUCAAUGGUUUGAAACACGUCUCAUGGAUGAGAAAGUUACUGAAUGGUUGAAGGUGUUGUCUAGGGGACCAAAUGAUGUUGUUAGAAGGUAUUAUGGUUAUGUUAUUAAUGGAUACAGGUUUCAUACAACAAAUCGUGAAGCAAGGCUUAAAACACAAAAUAGUGGUGUGACAUUAGAAGCGGUGACUCAAGUUCUUAGAAAUGCGAAGGAUGAAAAUCCCAAAAAGAUUUGUGUGACUUACUAUGGGGCAAUAAAAGAUAUUAUAGAGUUAGAUUAUUAUGGUCAUGAAAAAUAUGUAUUGUUCAAAUGUGAUUGGUUUGUGGAUGAAAAGGAUAAAUAUGGAUCGCCGUUGGUUUACUUUAACAAAAAAUGCUACAAAAAUGAUCCAUUUGUGUUGGCAUCUCAAGUUCAACAAUGCUUCUUUAUUGAAGAUCCUUUAAACAAAAACAAACACUAUGUUCUAAAUGCACUUCCAAUGGAAUCAUUUGACAUGGGAGAAUCUUUAAGUACAGAUGCCCAAGAAUAUGAUAUUUCAAAAAAUCUUAAUACGUUAAGGGAUGAUUGUGAAGUGGAUUUGGUUAGGAAAGAUUUGUCGGAUGAUAUCUUUGAAAUUCCUUUGUCAGAACUUCACAACCAAAAAGCAAUAGAGAGUGAUCACAGUGACACGAGUUAUGGAAGUGACAAUGAAACCGAUUAUGAUUCUAGUACUGACUAG